UUGUGAGAAAAUAUUGUUUGGGCUUAAUAGCCAAAAUUUCCAAACUUGAGGGACUUAAAAAAGGGAAAUUUUGGAUAAGGAUCAGCUAUUUCUUUUCUCCUUUUCCUCUUUUUCUCCAGCCCGAUUCUGCUCUUCUUCUUCUUCUCCCUGCACCAAACAAGAAGACCCAAGCCGAUCCACACCUCCCCUUGGAAGAAACCGGUAAAGCUUGAUGAUUUUUGCCUUCUUUUCUUGUUCAAGAACAAGAUUUAAGCUUGGAAACUUCCCCCCCCCCUAUGCAGAAUCCCGGAUCUGCUCUGCUCCUUCCUUCUUCACCGCCGGCUGCUCUUGAUUGUGGGUGAUUUCUGGGCAUUUUUUUCGCCCCGUGAGAGUCCCCUGUAGAUUGCCGCCGGAUUCUUCUCCCCCACAGCUCCGGUUUCUGCAGUUGGAAAAUUCUGGUUCCCGAUCGUUCUGUCAAUUAGCACUGAGAUCGAGUCUUCAGUUUUGUGCGAGUGAGGAAGUGAAAUCGAGGGCGGGGAAACCAUGGGAAGUGACGAGUUAGAAGGCUAGCCAUCUUGUAAAUUGAGUAUAGAUUUAGAUAAAUCAUGAUCUUGUAAACUAGACCUUAUUUGGAGAUUUUAUGAUAUUAGAGAGAUUUUAAGAAUUUAAUCUUCAGAUUUUGAUGGUAUUAGAUUGUGGUAUAAUAAGUUCCGAGCCUUGUGCAUUUGUGGGACCCUCUCACGAGUGCACGGUGUUUGUCGCGUCCCCAGAUUUGGGUUCUGGGGCGUGACACAGCUUUUGUCCGAAGUUUCUGGUGGACCUUCAAAAGAUGGGCAACUUUAUGGCACGCCUAUAUACAUGGACCCUGCGGAGCAAAGGGUCUCACACCGCAAGCAACCGCCGCAUACCAUACUUGACAAUUCUGUUCAGUCAUCCCAACGAGUGAUCCCAUUGCAACAGAUUGUAACAGAAUUACAAGAGAAUCAACUGACAUUACAAGAGAAGGUUGAGAGGAUGGAGAGAAGAAUUUUUUUAUGACGCAAUAAGGGAUGCAGAGACGGAUGUAAGGAGAUGGAGGGGCUGGGACAAGUGGGGGAGCAUAAUUGGCAUUGUUUUCAGUUGAUUUUUAUAUCAAAACAUCUUUUACUAUUAUAUAUGAAAUGGACAUGUCUGAGAUUGGGGCAUAGUGCUAUAAUUAUCCAAAAGUGCCUAGCCAUCUAGCUCGUCACUCCCCCGGGCUCCCCAUGCGUCGGGUCUCACUACCUGAAAUGGUGGACAAGGAAAAACUAUGAGAUAAAAUAUCUCAAUAAGUAAAUGUAUGGAUAACCCGUGGGUAAAAUUUGAGCAUUUCAGAUAAACAGCUUAAACAUAAACGGAAUGUUCAAUGAUAACCAUUAUGCAGAAUAAAGUUCAGUAGUAGUCAAUUAAACUUAUAGCAUGCCAACAAGUGUAAUCA